GAAAAAGUGGUCAGGUUGAAACCUGACUAACCUGACUGGUGGCUACGGCCUAGCCUCGAAUCCAGGCCGCUUGAACAAACGGCCUGGAAUCGAGGCUAGCUACGGCCCUGUUUAUACAGCAUGAAAAUGGCUCGGAUGAUUGACUUGCACUUUCGAAUAUCUGGAGCAAGGUCACGUGAUCACGAUCUUCACCGUUCCAACUCUACCAGCACACGGAAUUUUCAGAGUCUAGGAGGACACCCAUGCAGAAGAGGGGGUAAACCACCACACAAGAUUGUUACAGUACGUACAGUAGGCACUCUGGGAGUCAAAGGUUGUAGUUUUUUGCCCAGUCCCAUUCCGUGUUGUGUUUUAUAUGUAUCCAUGCAGCUACUAGCUGCUGACGAUCGAGCUACCUCCGAUGUUGCUACGUCUGCAAAGGGCAUCACAGGUAUCACAGGUAUCUUAUUCCGAAAUGUGUAUUAUCGUGUACAUUAUUAUGUGGCAUAAACGUCUUACAAGAAGACGAUAAGAAGAAGGUGUAAAGCAAUGCUCAAGGCUGUAAGUACACUUGGAGUCAAAGGUUUGUUUAAUGACUACCUAAUACCUCCUUAUAUAGUAUUACGUCUGCAAAGGGUAUUACCAAGGGCUUAUAAAGAGAAGAGGGCAUGCAACUACAAUCUAUCGUAUUAUAAAUAGGCGGAUGCUUAUGUCUAAAAAUAGUUAUUGCACGUGCACUUUAUACUCUAGACUAUAGCCUUGUUUUACUCCAGCGCCCAAGACUGUAGAAGUCAAAGGUUAUAGUUCAUUGCCCAGUCCCAUUUCGUGUUAAUUGUGUUUAUGUAUCCAAUUUUCCAGCUACUCUUGACGAGACUAGAUCUACUUCCGAUGAAGUUACGUCUGUUAAGAGCAUCACAGAACCCAAGAGGUCUCUCAGAAGAGAAGUGCCCAAGGCUGUAUAGGCACACUGGGAUAAUUCCCAUUAUUCCAGCUACUUCUGACGAGACUACCACCAAUGGUUCAUGCAGAUCUACGUCUGCAAAAGGUAUCAAAGAUAUUAAACAUGCCCAUACGUAUAUAGAGUAAUCAACCAAUUCACGGACAUACUACUAUUCCGGACGCUCGUAGCAAACAAACGGAUUAUCAUAUCACCUCAGAUUUGGUAUCACCGUGUAGCCCUACCAUAGGUAGAUUAAUCCUCCAAGAAUCAGCUUCUGAAAGUAAGAAGUCUACAAGCUACAGCAACAAAUACACGCGUGGCCGUAGUAUGCAAAAGUCGGUCAAAACCACCAAUUUGCAGACAGCGCUUUUUUUCUAGCGAACGUACUUCAAGGAGCUUGCAAACUUGUGCAGGUAGUAGUACUACCCUAGUGCUAGCUACGUCUGACAAAACUAGAAUCACUCUCUAAAGACUCCAGCUGCAGCAAGUCAACAAACUGAUCUUGUAGUCUAAUCUGAGGACAGACACACCCAUAAAUUUGUUUUGACCACGUGGCUUGUGAACUCUACUCUGGAAGACUCCAGAGACUCUUGGAAAUGGCAAUUGGAGGUAAAAAUGUGCUAGAAGUGGUGGAAGACAGGUAUCUGACAGAGAUGAGCAAGGAUGGCAUCUUACCAAUUCAGUCACGAAUUAUAAGAAGUAAAUCAAUUGUACAAUCGACCAAAGAUUCAACUGAGGCUUCUCAAUUACGCUCUGGACCGUAUCUUCAAUGGUGCGAUGAGCAGAUGGAGGGCGCAAUUGCUGCUGUUCACGCGGGUCAGUCUAUUAGAAAAGCAGCUAUGAUAUAUAAUGUUCCACGAUCGACAUUGUCGGAUAGAAUAACCGGGAAAGUAGAAAUCGGUAGCAGACCAGGAAAAAAACCGUAUCUUACGAUCCAGGAAGAGGAAGAAGUAGUGUUGUUUCUAAAGAAAUGUGCUAUAGUAUAGGUUAUCCUUUUACAAAACGGGAAGCAAUAGCACUAGUGCAACGAGUUCUGAACGGUAAAGGUCUUGAACGAUCUGUUACAGAUGGUUGGUGGGCUAGAUUUUCCCAACGCCAUCCCUCGCUAUCCUUACGUACGGCAAUGUCCCUCUCUCUUGCACGUGCAAUGGCUACUGACAAUGAAGUGCUAGGACGAUACUACGACUUACUGGAAGACACGUUAGUUAAAAACGAUUUACUGAAUGAUCCUCACAGGAUAUAUAAUUGCGACGAGACUGGUUUACCGUUAAACCCUAAACCUUUGAAGGUCAUUGAUCUCAAGAAUGCCAAACAUCCUUCCUAUAUUACCGGCGAAACUAAAACUCAAGUAACAGUCUUAGCAUGCACCAAUGCUCCUGGUGCUGUGAUUCCUCCUUUUUGUAUUUUUGAUCGAAAAACCCUUAACCCUCUGUUGACAAAGGGUGAAGUUCCUGGUACCCUAUACGGGCUAUCUGGAAAUGGAUGGAUGACUCGGGAUCUCUUUAAUGAAUGGUUCCAAAGACAUUUUCUGUUGUAUGCUCCAUCGACUCGACCAUUAUUAUUACUUUUAGAUGGUCAUUCUUCGCUUUAUUGCCCUGAGACGAUACGGGCUGCUGCUGCUUCUCAAAUCAUCAUUUUUGCUCUUCCUCCCCAUACGACCCCAUACGACGCACUUGACACCGCCUCUUGAUAAGUCGGCCUUUGCUUGUUUGAAGAAAUCGUGGCGAAAAGUUUGUCAUGAGUUUAUUGUUAGCAAUCCUGGCCGUGUGGUUACUAGGUAUGAGUUUAGUAUGCUUUUUUCCCAAGCUUGGUGUGAGAGCAUGACGAUCCGAAAUGUUUCAUCGGGUUUUACGGUCACUGGAAUCUGUCCAUUUGAACGAAAGCUUCCUGAGUUAGAUUUUGAGCCUGAAAAAAUUCCACAAGCCAAUGGAAUUGCUUACAUUCCUUUGUAUAUAGCACUCCCUCAAGACGCUCUUGUUGUAAUGGUUCUGUUUCAUCCUCAUGUUAUCUUUCACCCGAUGAAGAACCAUUCAGGCACCAAGAUCAAUACAUGGCCGUCAAGGUUCGUGAGGGACGCACCUUGUCGAAGUUUUUGAAGACUCCCCUACCACCAAGACGACUCCCAACGAAACAUGGAAAAAAAGCGGAGUAGUUCUGACGAGUACCGAAAAUCUUCGGAUAAUUAAUAUUAAAGAGGACGAAAAGAAGGAAAAGGAAAGACUAAAAGCUGAAAGGCAGAGAAUAAGAGAGGAGAAAAAGCUGCUGAAGUACUCCAAGGCAAAAAAGAGUCAUAUAAUAAGCAUCCCGUGCUUCCUUCUCACUACGUAUCCAAAGGAACCGUCUACAACGCAAUUGCAUUUGGAGUCACAGGAUUGUCAGCUGCUAACGCUGGUAGUGAUCAGUGUUGCUGUGGUGAUACUACUCGAGCAAUGUGAGGCUACCCCAUCACCCAUUGUCCUCAUUCCGGGUGUGAUGGGUUCCCAACUCCAAGUUAAGGAUCAGACCGCGAGUAAAUUGUGUUCCACUGGUCACAAAUACAAGGACCUAUGGAUAUCUCCAUUACGAGUCACCCUCCACAAUAUCUGUGCCAAGAGAGAGCUGCCAUUGAGAUACGACGCAAACACCAACUCCUACCACAACAAUACUAAAGUGGAGAUCCAUGUUCCUGGAUUUGGCGGGACAUCGAGUGUGGAAUAUCUCAACCCUGGAUUGAUGAAUACACUCCCUUAUUUUCACGACACGGUGAAAUACUUUGUUGAUCGAAGUUACAAAAGAGGAAAAACUAUUCGAGGGGCUGAGAGAUUGGCUGCAGAUGAACUUGAUAAGAGAGGAUACUUCCAUCGUCUCAAGACGAUGAUUGAAGACAUGUACAAAACUAACGGCAAUACCAAGGUGACCCUGGUCGUACACAGUAUGGGGGGUCUCGUUUUCCUGCACUUUCUAACUGGCUUCAGUGGGAUUAACCAAGCAUGGAAGGAUAAGUACAUCCAUGUGUACGUUACAUUGUCAGCUGCUUGGUCUGGUGGUGCAGCGACUGUUCAAAGUGUCAUAUCUGGUUACCAUGGUAUUCCUGACUUGCUGUUAUUUGCGUACAAUUUGAUCAGCAACUUUAUUGUUCCGAUUGGUCGUACAUUCGAGAGUAUUCCUUGGUUGUUUCCGAAGGCCUCAGUGUUUGGCAAUGUUGCUUUUAUAUCAACACCGUCCAAAACAUACUCGGCUAACGAUUAUGAACAGCUGUUUCGUGACAUCAAUGCUCCAAAUAUCUAUCGAGCUUUUCAAGGCGUGCAAGGUCUAGUAUCAGACUACCCUGCUCCCAAUGUACCAACGUACUGUUUCUAUGGAGUUGGUGUACCUACCCCGGAAAAAUUCACCUAUUCAAAAGAUCUGACACCUAGCAAUGCUAUUGGCUUGUGACCAGUUGUUAAGAACGGUGACGGGGACGGAUCAGUAAACACUAUUAGCUCUAGGGUAUGUCACAGGUGGUCAAGUAUGCCUUCCAAAUAGUUGUUUCGGUACAAGACCUUCAGCAAAGUAAAUCAUGCCAAGAUUGUGUCAAACAGCAAAGUUCUCGGAGACAUUGGUGCAAUAGUUGGGGCACCUCCAAAGCAUAAAAGCGUACUUGGAUGAUGAUUUCUAGAACUGAAAGACGUGCAGAAUGAGGAUAAGAAUGUCAAUACUGUAGAUAGACUCUGUAUGAUUGUGGUGUGAUGAUAACAGAUUGGUCCCCACAAG